AGAGCCAUGGCCCUGAGCGAUCUGGUGCUGCUGCGAUGGCUGCGGGACAGCCGCCACUCGCGCAAACUGAUCCUGUUCAUCGUGUUCCUUGCGCUGCUGCUGGACAACAUGCUGCUCACCGUCGUGGUUCCCAUCAUCCCCAGCUAUCUGUACAGCAUUAAGCAUGAGAAAAACUCUACGGAAAUCCAGACCACCAGACCAGAGCUCGUGGUCUCCACCUCUGAAAGCAUCUUCUCUUACUAUAACAACUCUACCGUGUUGAUCACCGGGAAUGCCACUGGGACUCUUCCAGGAGGGCAGUCACACAAGGCUACCAGCACACAGCACACUGUGGCUAACACCACUGUCCCUUCUGACUGUCCCAGUGAAGACAGAGACCUUCUGAAUGAGAAUGUGCAAGUUGGGCUGCUGUUUGCCUCCAAAGCCACUGUCCAGCUCCUCACUAACCCAUUCAUAGGACUUCUGACCAACAGAAUUGGCUAUCCAAUUCCCAUGUUUGCCGGCUUCUGCAUCAUGUUUAUCUCAACAGUUAUGUUUGCCUUCUCCAGCAGCUAUGCCUUCCUGCUGAUCGCCAGGUCCCUUCAGGGAAUUGGCUCCUCCUGCUCAUCCGUGGCUGGGAUGGGUAUGCUGGCCAGCGUGUACACAGAUGAUGAAGAGAGGGGGAACGCCAUGGGCAUUGCUUUGGGCGGCCUGGCCAUGGGAGUCUUAGUGGGACCCCCCUUCGGGAGUGUGCUCUAUGAGUUUGUGGGGAAGACAGCUCCCUUCCUGGUGCUAGCUGCCUUGGUGCUCUUGGAUGGGGCUAUUCAGCUCUUUGUGCUCCAGCCGUCCCGAGUACAGCCAGAGAGUCAGAAGGGGACACCUCUAACGACCUUGCUGAAGGAUCCAUACAUCCUCAUCGCUGCAGGCUCCAUCUGCUUUGCAAACAUGGGGAUAGCCAUGCUGGAGCCCGCCCUGCCCAUCUGGAUGAUGGAGACCAUGUGUUCCCGAAAGUGGCAGCUGGGCGUUGCUUUCCUGCCGGCGAGCAUCUCUUAUCUCAUUGGAACCAAUAUUUUUGGGAUACUUGCACACAAAAUGGGAAGGUGGCUAUGUGCUCUUCUGGGAAUGGUAAUUGUUGGAAUCAGCAUUUUAUGCAUCCCCUUUGCAAAAAAUAUCUAUGGACUCAUCGCUCCCAACUUUGGAGUUGGUUUUGCAAUUGGGAUGGUGGACUCCUCUAUGAUGCCUAUCAUGGGCUACCUGGUUGACCUGCGGCAUGUGUCUGUCUAUGGGAGUGUUUAUGCCAUUGCAGACGUGGCCUUUUGUAUGGGCUAUGCUAUCGGUCCCUCUGCUGGUGGUGCCAUCGCAAAGGCAAUUGGCUUUCCUUGGCUUAUGACAAUUAUUGGGAUAAUUGAUAUCGCUUUUGCUCCACUCUGCUUUUUUCUUCGAAGUCCACCUGCUAAGGAGGAAAAAAUGGCUAUCCUCAUGGACCACAACUGUCCCAUUAAAACAAAGAUGUACACUCAGAAUAAUGUCCAGUCAUAUCCCAUCGGUGAUGAUGAAGAAUCUGAAAGUGACUGAGACCCUCUAACGUCGCCAAAUGUUUAACUGUGUAGAAGUGUUUCCAGUGAGAUGACUUAUGCAGAGCUGUCUUAGUCCCACCAUCCAUUGCUGGCAAAGAGUAAAAACAACCAAAGGUGAUACUUUCUUUUCCAUGGUUAUGAUUGACUGCCAACAGCCUUAUAAAGAAAAAGCAGCUUUUCUAGGGGUUUGUAUAAAUAGUGUUGAAAACUUUAUUUUAUGUAUUUGAUUUUAUUAAUAUUAUACAAUAUAUUUUGACGAAAUAGGUAUACUGUAAAUGUAUAAAUAUUUGAAUCCAAAUUAAAUAUAAUUUUUUAACUUACAUUCAUUAACACUUGGACAAAAAAAUCUUAUUUUUUUUUCUGAAUACUGGUAAUGAGUGUUUAAAGCACACAUUAUCUUGAGACUCUCCAACAAAAAACUAGCAGUCUGAGAAACAGAACCAUGUAAGACAGCGCGUUAUGUACCAACACUGAAUGUGUUGUUAUUUAACUUGUAACUAGUACCAAUGUGUUUAGGAAUUUACAACUCGUCGUCCUAAGUGCAGAGGGAAGAGACUUUAUCAGCCAUCUUUCAGACUUAUUCAUAAACCUUUGCUGGCACUAGUUUUCUGUUGUAACCACCCACCUGAAUGGUUGUAAAUGAUUUUCUGGGUUAUGUCAUCGGCAGCAGUCACUAAAGCCAACAAGGGGUAAAACAUGAAUGUUCUGAAGGCAGAGGAGAGAAUCCACAUGCUGCUUUCUUUUAUAUAAAUGCUUGACAGUCUUCUUGGGCGAGAACAAAACGUUAUGCACUUUGAACAGUCAAGGUUAAGUACGAUGUGGUUUAUCAAAUCCGACUCAUGUUCUAGAAAACAAGGCUAUCAAGCUGCUAUAAUGUGAAAAAUCAAACUAGCACAUCUCCCACCUGCUUCAGGGCAUCCGAGUGUUUUUUCUAGAGAUUUGUUAAUUUUGAGUUGCUGUUAUUUUUUAGACUCCUAAAAAGUUGUUUAUAUCAAUGUAGAAAUGAAUUUCAAGCAAAGAUGAAGGAAUGAAACUGUUCGUGUCUAACACAGUAAUGUUAAAGAUAAUGGCGUGGUCGGAACACCUUCCCUUUCUGAAGGAGAAAACAAUCUACAAACGUGUAUGUGUUACUGCAUCAUCUGUGUGCUGGGUAGAACAACUUUCCUAAGCAUGACAACACUGAUAGAUCUUUUCAGUAUGCCAGCUAAUACUGUUAGUGAACACUAUCUAUAAUUGCUUUGUAUGAGAUUACAAUCUUCUGGAAUACAAACACAGUAUGGGAUCUGUCUUACAUAUAGUAUCAAUUCUGCAGUUCUGUAAUCAUUAAAAAAAAAAAAACUGUCAAUUUUGUUAAGCUGAACUGUGUGACCCUGGACAUGAAGAGAACUUUAGGAUAACAACCCCUCAAAUUUUAUUGGCUAUUACACAUUCUUCAGAAGAGUGGCAAAUGUUUCUUUUGCUUUAUGAAGCUUUCUGUGGGACCUUGGUGAUCUGAAGUCUGGUAUGUUUGGGGCUAUCGGGUUCCUACUCACUAAAUCCUUGGGCAGUCGCAGGUCUGCAACUCUGAGAGAUGGCUGCUCUUACAUGGCUAAAAGGGCAGGGCUUAACCCUUCCCAGGACGCCUUUAGAUGUGAUAUGAGAGAGGGCUUGUAGUUGUCCCUGCCCAUAAUACCACAUACAAGGACUGACUCCUGUCAUUCCUGCUUUUGAGGCUUCAGCUUCAGUAAAAACGACCAGCAAAGGCACGCCUGUUACUGCUCUCCAGGGAAGAGAAAAAGGAAAAAUUGCACAGCUAUUUGGAGAGGAAGGGACAAGUUGUUUGUGAGGGGAAAGGAAAGACGAUUUAUAUGAUUAAUAUCCUGGGUACACAAGACUGAAAAUAGUGAUUAAAAAAUACUGUGCAUGAACCAGAACAAAGAACUUACAGCUGUCUCAAUGUUUAUGUUUAAAGUAGAGGUGGCUUUUGUUUGUACUUGGUAACUCAGACACAAAAAUCUUAGUGAGGUAGUAAUACUCAACUCCCGCUUGGCUGCUAAGUGUAUCUGUGCUGGUUGCACUUUAGUGAGAUUACUUAAUAAAUCUUCUUCAACA